AACAAUUCGUGUCAAGCCAAAGGCUCUCAAUGGCGGCACCACAAGCUGUAUCGCAUUCGACAGGUAGCCAGGGCCAAGAGUUCGUCGUUCGGAUACCCAAGGCAUCAAGGAAGCGGUACAAUGUCAUGCGGUUCAACGCUGCCCACAAUCAAGACAUAUCAAAAUGGACUCAGGUACGAAUGGAAAGAGAGAACAACAUGAGAGAAUUCAAGGCAGAGGAGGAGUUACCCAAGUUCGGGGCUGGAAGUGAGUUUGGCAGAGAACAGAAGGAAGAGGCCCGACGAAAGAAGUAUGGAGUUGUCACCAAGAAGUACAACCCUGACGACCAGCCUUGGCUUAUCAGGGUCGGCGGGAAAACUGGAAAGAAGUUCAAAGGAAUCCGCGAAGGUGGCGUGAGCGACAACACUUCGUACUACGUAUUCUGCAAGGCACCUGACGGAGUGUUUGAAGCGUUUCCUAUUGAAGAGUGGUACAAUUUCAACCCCAUCGGACGGUUUAAGGCACUAACGGCCGAGGAAGCAGAAGAGGAGUUUGAAAAACGAGACAAGGUUAUGAACCACUUCUCCAUUAUGGUCCGCAAGAAAAUGGCUAAAGAGGAGAAUCUGGGCCAAGAGAACGCCCAAGAGAAGAAGCCAAAGAAAGAAAAGAAAGACUUUAAAAUUUCAGAUAUGGAUGAUUGGAUGAGUGAUUCAGAUUUUGAAGAUGAAGAUGGUGACGCUGAUAAGGAAGAUGUGGAUGAUGCUAAGAAGAAGAAGAAGAAGGUGACUAAGAAAAAAAAGAAGAGCAAGUCUGACGAUGAGGCAAUGGAAGAAAGCGACGAGGGUGAUUUCGAUGAUAGAGAGGUCGACUACAUGUCAGCCAGUAGCUCGGAAGGUGAGCCCGAAGAUGAAAAAGCAAACCGGGAGUUGAAAGGGGUGGAAGAUGAAGAUGCCUUACGGCGUAUUGACCAGUCCGACGAGGAAGAGGAAGGAGAAAAAGAGGAAGAAAAAGGAAGUGAGGAAGAAGGGGGAGCAAACAAAGCAGCACCUGAAGCGAAACCCAAGGGCAAAGGGGACAAGAAGGACCCCUCGGCAAAACCUGCGUCCCAGGCCAACUCCUCAGGAGAGUCAACCUCAGAGUCGUCAGACUCCGAUUUUGAUGACUCUAAAUUUCAGUCUGCAAUGUUCAUGCAGAAGCCAAAAGGCAGCAAGGGCUCCGACAAAGAUUCCAGCGGUCGAGCAAAGCCAUCGGGUGAUGACAAGAAAAAUAAAAGUUCCAGUAAGUCACAAAAACGAAAGGCAAAGGAGAGCUCACCAAGUAACAGUCCGAAGAGGAUGCGACACGAGGCCGCGGCUCCCGCUACCUCUAAUACUUGGUCUGGCAGCACCGAAGGAAUCACCGAGGACUCUGUGAGACGGUACCUACUACGCAAGCCAAUGACAACAACAGAGCUUUUGCAAAAGUUCAAGUCUAAAAAAACGGGCUUGACAAGCGACAAGCUUGUCAAUACCAUUGCACAAAUCUUAAAAAAGCUAAACCCCAUAAAGCAGACAAUCAAAGGGAAACUUUAUCUUUCCAUAAAGCCUUAACAUGUCCAAGUUAUGCAUCAAUCAUGUGUAAUGUCAUCAAUGAAAAUAUCAAUAAAUUCAUUGUACUGCAAG